AUGGUUCGUAAAAAUUCUAAUUGGUCUUGGGUUUUUCGUAAACUUCUAGACUUGCGGAGUCAUUUGCGUCGGUUUCUUUUUUCUCAAAUUGGUGAUGGUCGGAACACGAAUGCUUGGGAGGAUGCUUGGUUAUCUUGUGGUCCUCUAUCCGCAUUUAUCUCUUACCGGUUUGUCCAUUCUUGUGGGUUUUCUACCUUAACGACGGUUUGUGAUCUUAUUAUAAGCUGGAAUGGUAAUUGGCCUGAUGAUUGGUGUCAACGGUUUGAUAUGCUCCAAAAUUCUCCACUUCCUUUAUUGACCUCUGAUUGUGAUAGAGUUCUUUGGGGAGAUACUUAUACGUUGUGUUCGGAUUUUACAGUAGGUAAGGCUUGGGCUUCCUUGGAGGGUAAUCAUCCUGUGAUCCCUUGGUCUAAAUUGGUUUGGUUCUCGGGUCAUAUUCCGAAGCAUGCUUUCUGUUUGUGGUUGGCUUGUCAGAGAAGGCUUCCGACUCAAGACCGCUUACAUUGGAAGGAUGAGCCCCCAGAUAUGGAGUGUUCACUUAUGGUGGAUAUGAUGGGUAUGCCUUCAAGGUGGGAGCAGAUUGUUCAAGUUAUUUCGGAUCCUAAUAUUCGUCCGAAACUGCUAAAGCAGAAACUUGCUGUGGCGGCUACUGUUUACUAUAUCUGGCAAGAACGUAAUAGAAGACGUUUUGCUGCAACUAAGCGUACGGCUCAGGAUGUUACUGCUGUUAUUCAGGAGUCUAUCUCCAUUCGUGCAGAUUGGUUGGCGAGUCGUCCUGUGGUUACUUAUGGUUGA